CGCUACUCCAUCGAAUAAAAUUUCGAUCUCUUCAAAGAAUUCACUUUCUCAAUCAGGAAUUACGAUAUCGAAAAUCGACCGCGGAAUUUAUUUAGACACACUUUUUGAAAUAGUCAAUUUACAAAAAUUCCUAUACAAUGAGACUUUAUUUAUAAUCCAAGAAAUUUCGAAAGCGGAAAAACUAAUAGCUACAAAAAUUCAAGAAUUUUGGUAUAAAUUUGCUUUAAACUUACAACUUUCUAUUCAAAAACAUCUAAAUACCAUUAAGGAAGUAGCAGUAUCCGCUCAUUAUUAUAGAUACCUACUUUUGACCAAUGUAGAAAAUGUUAGAAUUGGAACUUAA